AUAGGCAAUUGCUGUACGUCUGGUGCUGAAAUUGGCCAAAUUUUUAUUGAGGCCACAGUAUGGCUUCAUCAACAGCGGCGAGACUUGGUGUAGGCCCUGCUAGGAGACUGGUCAUAUAUCCAUCCGCAAGAAGACGGAGUGCCAUUCCAAAUUUCCGGUCUGUGAAAUCACUUAGCCCAAGUUUUUGCUCCAUCUACAUAUGUGAUAGAGAUCUUCACACCUCCACCUUUCUACUUGCCCCCCGAGAUGGAAGUUCGGGUAUAUUUGGUGGCGACGGGGGACAGAAACCCCCACCUACGUCGGGCGGUGGUGGUGGUGAAAACAAAGAUAAAGACACCAGUGGUGGAUCAGGCGGUGGUCAACUCAGGUGCCCGAAGUGUGGCGACCCCUGCACACACGUCGAGACGUUCGUUUCCUCAACGAGAUUUGUGAAGUGCGAGAAGUGUCACCACUUCUUCGUGGUCCUGUCCGACAUUGAUUCGAAGAAGACGAUUAAGGAAGGGCAGCGAGAGCAACCCGCAGAGAAGGUCAAUCAGCAGAGGCUCCCUCCUCCUCACCCGAAGAAGAUAUACAACUACCUGAACAGAUACGUGAUCGGGCAGGAGAAGGCGAAGAAGGUGCUCUCUGUCGCCGUCUACAACCACUACAAGCGCAUCUACACGAACGUCCCCGCGACGGCGCAGAAGCCGGAGCAGGGAGUCGUGGAGACGCAGCAGCAGCAGCGCUCUCCCGCCACCUUCUCACACAGAGAGCUGCUGCAGAUCGCCGGGCUGGGAGAUCGCAGCGCCCUCGGCCCCAACGUGCAGCGGCAGCAGGAGCAGGAGCAAGCGCGGCGCGCCAGCGACAUCCUCGACUCCCACAAAGAUGACCUGCUCAUCGAGAAGAGCAACCUGCUCAUGCUGGGACCCACCGGCUCAGGGAAGACGCUGCUCGCGCAGACGGUGGCGCGCUGCCUCGACGUGCCGUUUGCGAUCUGCGACUGCACGACGCUGACGCAGGCGGGCUACGUCGGCGAGGACAUCGAGUCCGUCAUCGCCAAGCUGCUGCAGGAUGCUAACUACAACGUGGAGAAGGCGCAGCAGGGUAAGCGUCUCUGUGGGUGGGGCCUGCUGAAGAUGCUGGAGGGCACCACUGUCAACGUACCGGAGAGAAACGCGAGGAAGAUGCGCGGUGAGACGAUCGCCAUAGAUACGACAAACAUACUGUUCGUCGCCUCGGGAGCCUUCAACGGGCUGGACAGGAUUGUUGCACGCAGGAAGAAGGAGAAGUACCUCGGAUUCGGAGCCCCGACGAGCGGCAGCCCCGGGCGGCGCGCAGCGGCCGACGCAAACAUGCAAAACCUGACGGAGGCAAACGACGUCGUCGGGGAGAACCUGGAGCGAGAUCGGCUGCUCGAGGUCGUCGAGGCGCGGGAUCUCAUCGAGUUCGGAAUGAUCCCGGAAUUCGUCGGCCGUCUUCCCGUGAUCGUGGCUUUCCAUUGCCUCGACGAAGUUAUGCUCAUGCGCAUCCUCACUGAGCCUAGCAACGCGCUUGUGCCUCAGUUCUCCAAGCUCUUCAAGAUGGACAACGUGGAUCUGACCAUCAAGACGGACGCGUUGAAGUCGAUCGCUCAUCUCGCCCUGGAGAGGAAGACGGGAGCGAGAGGACUCCGAGCCAUCAUCGAGAAUAUUCUGCUGGAACCGAUGUUCGAGGUUCCGGGAUCCGACAUCACGCAGGUGAUGAUCGACGCUGAGGUCGUGAACGGCACGAAGAAGGCCACGUACAUCCAGUCGACGGGCAGCAUCGAGAUGGACUCAUCCGACGACAAGGCGCAGGCCGCGGGCAACUAGGGGAGUCGCGUGGUGCGGCGCUGGGCCGGGUGCGGUACGGGGUGGGGCAGGACGCGGGGCGGGGGAGCGAACGUGAGACCGCACGAGGUGUAGACCGACUGGCAGCGGUAGUGAGUUCUGGUCAUUCGUGAGACAAAAUUUUGGCACUUUUCGUCUCUACCGACGGUGCCCGUACUCUACUGGUUUUUGUGUGCGCGUGCCAGAAUUCUACGCUGUCGCAAUGUUGGGCUGUGCAAUGUGGCGUGGCUUCGAGCGGCAAUUGCGGUUUCGGUAGGCGUGUGGGCACUUGGAAAUGCCGCGACAAAAAUCUGAACAUUGCAAAAUGGUUGCGAGUGAAAAGAGGCUUGGGCGUGCUGUCGCACACCUGUGUGUGCAUGCGUAUGUGUGUGCGUGCGUGUGUGCGUAUGCGUGUGCGUGCAGGACCAGUAUUUCUGUUAACACGUAGAUGUCGGAGCCCCCUCCCCCUCCCCACGAUUUUUCAAGCAUUACAAAUGUCUUGACGUCUUCAAACUGCCGUUUUGUGGCUGGGGAACAAUCUGUUAAACUGUAUAAUUGCGUAAGUGUAGAUAGUGGUACCGCAACUUUAUGCUUCUCUUGUCGUCGUCCUAGCGUUCAUUGCUUCGUGAUCAUACGAAGCUUUGUACGGGGAUGUUUCUGUAUUGCUUGCAUGGACAAGCAUGCCAUUCAAACUGAGCAUUGCAUGUGAUCGGCACUUGCAAUGUCUCCGAAAAAAAAGUACCUCAAUUCUAUACAAUUUAGUAUGAACAGGAGUACACUAACAAAGAGAGAUUCAUGUACUCUUGGUAUAACGUCUGUAGUAGUUUACAUGCAAAUACGAGAGCGUUUAGCUGAAUUAUAUGCCGUAUUAACACAACGUUUUGGCACCGUGGGAAAGCGUGGUCAUCAGCAGCAUGAGGGAGGGAUAAGGAACCGUAGUGUUCGUGUCGUAUUCGGCAGUGAAAUUGCAUGCUGAAAUGGGAAGUGUGUUGCACUGGGGCUGCGGGGAUAACGAGAUGAAACCUGUCCCGUGUGCUGAUGCAUUCAGGAUGUAGAAUGGCCAGUAUUUCAUAACUGACAAGCCACGAUAGAAACAAAUCCCCGUACCUCGUCAAUCUUCUCAAAUGGAAUGGUGUAAUACGUGGCCUGCAUGGUGCAACACUAAUAGGUGACCCAAGCAGGAAAGCAGCUAGCUAUGACGGUGCAUUUUACGUUUUGUUCCUUAUUUGGAGAAUGUGUCGCUGUGUUAUUACUGGAUGAGAGAAGGCAGGAAUGAAUUGUCGGAUGGUUCCGUAUGUAUAGUGGCACUGACUGUCUGCAAUACUAUCGUGCUGCCUGGGACAUUCGUAAAUUGUGAGAGAAUAACGAUAAGCCACUGCCGGUGAGAGUUUGUGGUGUGUUGUGUGUCCUUAUUUACUAUAAAGAGUUUUUGUUAUGUAGAAUGGUGUUGGCACAUGGAAUCACAUGGCCACAUGCGUGAUGUAUUCCUCGAGGUUUAAUUUAAAGAACUAUCCAUACCGUAGCACGUUUCCUAGUUGUAAUGUAUAUAAGUACUUGAAAUAGCAAGGUGUAAUGUUUGACGAGUAAUUAUGUAAAGAAAAAUUUAAAAGGAAAUGAACUGGAGUGUUUAUCCUUUUAGAUAAUUAUUUUGCUUUGUUAAAAGUGACAUAAAAAAAUCAAACUGCCUGGUUACACGGAUGAUUGUGCAGUUGGACAAACGCCAAAGUAUUAUUAAAGAAAGAAAAACUAUUAAACGUGGGCUGAAACGCGAGUGGUGAGUCUGGGCGCACAUUGGUCAUAUUAUCUUACUGACUUAUUUUUGUAUCGACAUCCUACAAACAUGAACAUAUGCAUAUAUAGAACUAGUAUGUACACAUAGGUUCAUGCUACAGUGAUCAGUGGGCAAUAGUUACUUUUCCAUCUAAAGCCAGUCUUGUAAAUCGGAUAGCAAGGACGGUGAAUGUCUGGUGUGUGCACUAGGCUCUUGCGAGGUUUGUCUCGUGCCAAGCAGACAUAGCAAAUCGCGUUUGUAACCAAUCUGAAUUUGUUAUUGACACCUGUCUUGUGUAUAGAUGUUUGGAGUGGUAAAUCUAAUCAAUAAAAUCGUUCUUCGCAAGCAAUUAACAAA